GCAGCCCAGUGGCGCCACCUUUAAGCGUCACGGGCGGGGCUUUGCUUCUGGAUUUCGGGGUUUGAACAUGUCGCGGCUGAAGGGAGUAGCUGGUCGGGAUCCCCGAGCGGGUUUCCGAAAUGAGAGGAGAGACUGCGCUGCCUCAGUACCCCAGGGACUACUAAAGGCGGCAAGGAAGAGCGGCCAGUUAAACCUGUCGGGCCGCAACCUCAGUGAAGUGCCUCAGUGUGUUUGGAGAAUAAAUGUGGAUAUCCCUGAGGAAGCUAAUCAGAAUCUUUCAUUCAGUGCUACUGAGCGAUGGUGGGAACAAACAGAUUUGACCAAACUAAUCAUAUCAAACAAUAAACUUCAAUCGCUUAGUGAUGAUCUCCGCCUCCUGCCUGCAUUGACUGUUCUUGAUAUACACGAUAAUCAGCUGACAUCCCUUCCUUCCGCUAUAAGAGAGUUAGAAAAUCUUCAGAAACUUAAUGUCAGCCAUAACAAGCUGAAAAUACUCCCUGAAGAAAUUACAAAUCUAAGAAACUUGAAGGGCCUGUAUCUCCAGCAUAAUGAACUAACUUGCAUACCAGAGGGAUUUGAACAACUUUUCAACUUAGAAGAUUUAGAUCUUUCAAACAAUCGCCUUACAAGUAUUCCUGCUAGCUUUUCUUCUCUAUCCAGUGUGGUGCGACUCAAUAUUUCCAGUAAUCAACUGAAGAGUUUACCAGCAGAAAUAAGUGGAAUGAAAAGAUUAAAGCAUUUGGAUUGUAACUCAAAUCUCUUGGAAACUAUACCUCCUGAAUUGGCUAGCAUGGAAUCACUAGAAUUGCUUUAUUUGCGGAGGAAUAAAUUACGUUUUCUACCAGAAUUUCCUUCUUGUAAAUUGUUAAAGGAAUUACAUGUAGGUGAAAACCAGAUUGAAAUGUUAGGGGCAGAACAUCUUAAGCAUCUGAAUUCUAUCCUUGUGCUGGACCUGCGGGAUAACAAGUUAAAAUCUGUUCCAGAUGAAAUCACACUCCUACAGUCUUUGGAAAGGCUUGACCUAAGCAACAAUGACAUUAGUAGUCUGCCCUGUUCAUUAGGAAAACUUCAUUUGAAAUUCCUGGCACUGGAAGGAAAUCCUUUAAGAACAAUUCGAAGAGAAAUUAUAAAUAAAGGAACUCAAGAAGUCUUAAAAUAUCUACGAAGCAAGAUUAAAGAUGACGGACUGAGCCAAAGUGACUGUGUUACUGAGACUGCCAUGACAUUACCAAGUGAAUCUAGAGUCAAUAUACAUGCCAUCAUCACACUAAAAACAUUAGACUAUAGUGAUAAACAAACAGCUUUGAUUCCUGAUGAAGUGUUUGAUGCAGUAAAAAGUAAUGCUAUCACUUCAGUUAACUUCAGUAAGAAUCACCUGUGUGAAAUUCCCAAAAGGAUUGUGGAAAUGAAAGAAAUGGUUUCUGAUGUCAAUCUCAGUUUUAAUAAGCUUUCCUUUAUAUCCUUGGAAUUAUGUAUGCUUCAAAAAUUGACUUUUUUAGAUCUCAGGAAUAAUUUUUUAAAUUCUUUGCCUGAAGAAAUGGAAUCAUUGGUAAGACUACAAACAAUCAAUCUUUCUUUUAAUAGGUUCAAAAUACUACCUGAAGUUCUGUAUCGAAUUCCCACACUUGAAACAAUUUUGAUUAGUAACAAUCAGGUUGGAUCUGUGGACCCUCAGAAAAUGAAGACAAUGGAAAAUCUGAUCACAUUGGACCUUCAAAAUAAUGACCUCCUACAGAUUCCACCAGAGCUUGGUAAUUGUGUGAACUUAAGAACACUACUACUAGAUGGAAAUCCAUUCCGGGUUCCACGAGCAGCCAUAUUAAUGAAAGGAACAGCUGCUAUUCUGGAAUAUUUGAGAGACCGAAUCCCUAGUUAAAUUGGAAUUGUUAUAUAAUCUUUGUCAUGUUAAUAUUUAGAAUUCUUAAAUUGAUAACAUUUUUCUAGGGUAUCACGUACAUUUAUAAUGGUGUAACCACAUAUAGUGUUCCUAAUUUGCUCUGAAUGUUUUUCAUAAGAUUUACCCAACUCACUUUCAUUCCCUUAUAAUAAUUUCUUCAAAAGUGAAUUUUUAUUUAUCAUUGUUUAAUACUUUUAUAAUGACAAAUAAUUUUUGUAGAGGUGGGAUUUUUUUUCCUAUUUCUGUUUGUGUUAUAUAUGUUAUGACCAACUGACUUGAAUAUGACCAUCCAAUUUCUACCUUUUUAUUGGAUAUAAAAUUGAAUUUUAUUUAAUACUGUUUGUUGAGAUUUACAAAAACAAGGCUUUUCAUUACCCAUGAUAGGACUUUUUUUGAUGCGGUUAGUGUCAGUAUAAGUUUUAAAUGAAUAUUUACUGUCUUGUUUUUGUUUUAAAGUAGUUGAAAUUUUUUCCUAACCUUUUUCCCAUGUUUUAUGAAUUCAUUUUGUCAGGGUUUCUAAUGUCACAGAAAUGCUACACAAGAUAUCACUAUUGGUAGAGAAAAUAGUAAAAGUGUUGCUAUAAUUGCCCUCACAAUUUUGAAUUUAAAACUUUACCAACUGUUUUAAAGAUGUCUUAGUAUUAAGUUUCCAUACAAUAAUCUACUACUUCUGGAUUCAAGAAAUUUGAAGAAAUUGAAUCUGCAUAUUUUUCCCAUAGAGUGUGAGCAUUUAAAAAAAUACCUUUGUUCUUUAAAAAAUAAGUACUGAAAUUUUAUUAAUUCUAUGUAUAACAGCAACAGAGAAUAACUAAUGCAUGAAAAUCUUGAACUGUAUUUUUUUUAAAUACUUACUGAGCAGGUAUUUGUAUAUAUAAUCUACUCUGUUGAUCUGUUCUAAUCCAUCCUUGUGCAUUUUCUUAAUUUCCAUGGCCUUAAUUUUUAAAUUUGCUUGUAAUCUCAGUAACUAAAUUGUAGUCAUGUGGUAAUUUUCUAAAAGGAAUCUGUUAUAGGUGAACUUGAUUUAAUAAAAAUUAAAUAUAAA